AUGGCCUUCCUGUGCCGGUCCCGGGGCUCGAACUCGGGGCCUUACCGCUCGCCGGGCUCCGUGGGUGCCAGCCAGGCGUGCUUCUCGAGCCACGCCUUGGGCCCGUCUGAUUCGCGGCUCCGAAGCCCCGGACGGCGGGCAGGUCGACGGACGACUCCCGGCCGCCGUUCCGCGCGGCUCGACCCGCGGCGGCGCCUGAGGGGGGAGAAAUCCUCCCCGGCCGCAGCCGCGCGCCCCGCAGUCGGCUUCCACUUGGCGCCUCUCCCCGCCCUCUCCGCACGCGGCCUCCUGAUUGGCUGCGCGGCCGCCAGCUCGCGCUGCCAUUGGCCAAGAGCCUGCGGGGGGCGUGGGCAGAGAGAGAUUCACCCCCGGCGUCCGGAACGCGGAGCGUCCUUUUGUCCGGCUGAGGAGCUCGACCCGCCUCGCGACUGGGCCCCCACCCCGAAGACCCCGCCGCGAACGGUUUCCCCACCCGGAGACCCCGCGGCCAGGUCCCCGCCCCGAGGACCCCCGCGAGCGGCUCCGCACCCGGAGCCCCCUCCGACCGGCCCCACCCCGGAGACGCCCGCGAACGGUUCCCCACCCCCGAGACCCUGGCCGGCUGUCGGGGUCCUUUCUGGCCGGCGGCGGAGUAUCAGAGGCCAUAAUCAAAAGAAGAGGAUGUUUUCAGAAAACAAAGAAAAUGUUAAACGCAUGAAAACUUCAGAGCCAAUUAAUGGAAAUAAUUGUGUAGCUCUGGAUAAGCAGACAGCAAUACUAGAACUGGUCAGACAUGUGAUUCGACAGGAGGUACAUAGUAUAGAUUACAAACUAUUUGAUAGCAAACUGAAUGAAUUGAAUGACCGAAUUGGGAAGACACAGUGCAAGAGUAAACAUGAAGCAUUAGCUGUUCAACUCUUCGAGAAAAUAUCACGAUUAAAAAGACGUAUUAAAACAGUAUUACAUCAGAUAAAUUGUCUGGAGCCAGAGACAUUGUCCAGUAACACAGCACAUGAGACUUCAAAGGCAGAAACUAUGACUUUGGGUGAGAAUCAAAAGUCAGUUGAUAAUCCAAAUGAAAGAAAAACUUCUGUGAACUGUGCACCUGUUAAAGCAAGUAGAAAGAUGAAUUCAUCGCCAGAUUGUGUGGAGUUUGUUCCCAAAAGUAACGAUGAUGUUAUGUUGAUUUCUGUGGAGAGUCCUAAUGUAACAACUCCAGUUACAUCAGAUCCAACAGAUAUUAGAAAAAUUACAUCAAACAAUUCCAGCAACUCAUCUAAUGAUGAAAUUCAAGUUAGGGCUGUCAGGAAGAGGAAGCUUGGUUUUGUUAUUGACUUAACAUCAGAAGACCUGUUCAACAGCAACACAGAAGCACCAUUACCGCUCCCUGAGCUGGCAGACAAGAGCCGAGACACACUUCCUCCCCAGAAGGCUGAGCUGAAGGUGAAAUGGGUGCUGAAACCCCUGGGCAUUGCCCUGACUUGGAAUAUCAGCAAGAUUAACCCCAAGUGUGCUCCCGUGGAGAGCUACCACCUCUUCCUGUGCCACGAAAACGCCAACAGUCAGCUGAUUUGGAAGAAGAUUGGAGAAAUUAAAGCUUUGCCUCUCCCGAUGGCCUGCACUUUAUCUCAGUUUCUGGUUUCCAACAAAUACUACUUUACUGUGCAGUCCAAAGAUAUUUUUGGGCGAUAUGGACCGUUUUGUGAUAUAAAAUGUAUUCCUGGGCUUUCUAAAACCCUUAAGAGUCUUUAG